AUGGUAGUUAUUGAGCAUCAGGAAAGUGAGGAUCGAAACCCUAAUCCCUCAAACACCGGUACAAGUAACGACGCUUCCGACGGCUUUGAAACCGCCAGUGACACCGAUCUCGACACCAAUGACGGUGGUGCAAUCAAUCACCAAGAACGGGAACAUCUUCAGCCACACAAGCAACACACUGAGCAAGAGCAGGACCAGGAGCAUGGUGAUCAUCAGAAAAUCAUUUCCUCUGACGAUGCUUCUAUCAACGAAGAGGAACUGAAACAGAAAGCAUUGGUUCAAGCAAAUGAAGCAAAAGUAGAAGGGAACAAACUUUUUGUAGAUGCUAAGUAUGAGGAGGCAUUAACACAAUAUGAACUAGCUUUACAAGUUGCGUCAGACAUGCCUUCAUCGGUGGAGAUACGAUCAAUAUGCCAUGCUAAUCGUGGUGUGUGCUUUCUGAAAAUGGGGAAAUAUGACAAUACUGUUAAAGAAUGCACCAAAGCAUUAGAAUUGAAUCCUACCUAUGUCAAAGCUUUGGUAAGAAGAGGAGAGGCCCAUGAAAAACUUGAGCAUUUUGAAGAGGCCAUCGCUGAUAUGAAAAAGAUCUUAGAAAUUGAUCCCUCAAAUGAUCUAGCUGGGAAAGCCAUUCGCCGGCUAGAGCCCCUUGCUGCAGUAAAACGGGAAAAGAUGAAGGAAGAAAUGAUUGCAAAACUGAAAGAUAUGGGCAACUCUCUCUUGGGCCGCUUUGGGAUGAGUGUAGACAACUUUAAAGCAGUCCAAGAUCCAAACACCGGUUCCUAUUCUGUCUCAUUCAACCAGUAA